CGGCCCUCCACUUAAAAAGUUCAAGGACCCCUGCAUAACGGUUUUCAACCAUGAAACUUUGGAAGGUACUCCAUGGUAAUCUACUGAACUUGGAAGCAUGAAUCCCCUCCUGCCUUACUCUGACACUCAGCUAUCAGUAGCCUUGGAGAGACCUAUCCAACAGCUGGCCCCAUUUAGCUGAGCAGUACACAGCUGGGAGGUAAAAGGAGGUAAAUCCUUUUUCUUCAGUCUUGGGUUUGUAAAUUCCAUGGUGCCGCUCCAGCUUAUAUUUCUCCUGCUUUGCAUUAUCGUUGGUUUGGUGUCGGAUUGUGGUCCUUCCUUGGUUUUAAGAAGGAGGUCUGUUUGAACCCAAGAAAGAUCUUUCUCUGGCGGCACUAACUGUGGAUACCGAUCUAGAUCAUAUAUGUUUAUUCUAGUCCUAUCUAUGGCAAUAUUCUUUCUGUGAGGUGUCCCAUGGAGAACCGAAAUUCCACAGGACCCACAUUAGAGGAAAGCUUGGAAAAUGCAGGAGAACCCUGCCACGUUGUCCAGGAGCACUACUCUGAAGUAGCUGUGAGCUCAUCCAGAGCAAUCCUUGAAGGGUCUGCUACCAAGCAAGAAUGCCCAAAGAUGCAACAAGAUGAUGAGACCACAUUGUUGGAAACAGAUACGGCGGCACUUCCUGUGAUGUCGGCAUGGGACGUUGAAGAAAUCCUUUCUCUCUACUGUGAACAGAAAUCUCCAUCAGCAAGUUUAGGAGGGGUUGAAAAUGGCCAGGAAACUCUCCCAGGAGAAGAAAAAGAAAAAGACAGUUGGAACAACAUCCUUCUGGGAAUCUUGGAACCUGGAAGAUUACCUCGGGAGGCAGACGAGCAUCUUCUCCCGUAUGGUGAGCAGGGAUUUGCGUCCAGGAAUCAAGAGAAAGGAGAGUGCCGGCAGGAAACUCAGGAAGCAGAUGGACAAGUAUUCUCCUGUGGUGGUCUCAGAAAAGCCAUUGAAACUACAGACUUGACAUUUAUUUGUGAGGAUAUGAAACAACCUGAAUGUGCUGUAUGUAAGAGAAGCGUCUGGUUGGACUCCAUCACUCGAAAGAACAGUGACAGUCAACUGGAAGUCGGUUCAGCGGAAAAAAUAGAUGAAUCCCUCCUUCUUUGGCCGAACUGUCAAUCUCCCAGAGGAACCAUAACUCAGACAGCAGAUAAAGAAAUGGAAACCCCAGACAGCUGUGAAGAAUACCUUCUGGAAAUCUUGGGAGCAAGGGGAAUUCACCAAUGUUUAUCGUGGGAAGAGGAAAACUCUGUUGGACAUAGUGAGCAAGAAAAUCUUCCAGUGUACCAAGACCAAGAAAAUUAUCAAAACAAAACCCUGCCAGCAGUUGCGGUGAUUGAAGCUGAAGUUGGCCGUACUGUUUAUGAAGCCCCUAAUGCAUCCAGAAUUCAGUUGGUUGCCAAGGCUAACGAGGCAAAACACGAAGACAUCUUAUCUGAGGAACACUUCCAGCAGAAUGUCAUCAUCCAAGAGAGUACUGAAAACCCGCAAGAUAGAACAGACCAAAAAGGGGAGAUCCCAGGAAGUUGGGAAAAAAUCUUAGAAUCAGAACUCCACCAGCUUUCAUUCUCAGAAGCGGGUGACACCCUUUUCCAGUACAACGAACAAGUGGAUGCCUCCCUGAAUCCAGGAAGAAAAGACACAGUGGAAGACACAGGCGGACCAUUUGUUUGCUAUUAUAGUGGCGACCACGGCCACAGUGAAACCAGAGGCUUCAUGAUGGCUGAUGCUAAUGAGGACCAAGAGAUCUCAUCUGAGCAAAGUUCCUGGCUGAGCUCCAUCGUACAAAGGAGCACAGAAGGCUUGCAAGAUGGAAGAGAUAUUUAUCAAGAUAGUGAGGAAAAGGAAGAACAAUGUGGGCUAUCAUUCAAAAAUGGAGGUGACCAAGAACUGGAAGAGAACAUAUGCAGUAGAGAUGAAUCGAAGGUGCAAGGAACAAACCUUCCAGAGGACAGAAGAAACAAAUCUGUUCCAUAUCUGGGUAACACCUACCUUGAACAAGAAUAACAAAUAGCAAAAACACUUGAGGAAAGUCUUCAUGAUCAUUUGAAAAUCUUCACAAAGGAGAUACCAAAUGAAAACUUGAGGACUCUGAAAAAUGGUGCUGUGACCAAAGAAUCCACCACAUGCCCAACAUCCCAAAUAGAGAGAAACACAGGACAAAAGCAGAGCUCCAAGUAAGUAUGGCAUGUACAAGGAGUUUCACUAACUCCUAUAAUUGUAUAAGGUCCUAAAGAAUACACACAAAGAAGAAAUCCUAUAUAUGUGCAUAAUAUGGAUUGAGCUU